AGUACGGAAGAGACUUUGUCACAGAAUUUGGUCUCAUAUUAAAGUAAAAUGUUCAGUGUGUGUGUUGUUCUGCUCGUCUUUUCCAGUAUCUGUACAGUUGUUGUUGGUGCUCCAGAAACAGUCACAGGACACAGAGGAGAGAGACUAGACAUCAGAUGCAGCUAUGAAUCUGGAUAUGAGUCAAAUUCAAAGUAUUUUUGUAAAGGCGAGUGUAUCUUUGGGUUUAGAAACAUCAUGGUUAAAUCAGGAUCUCCAGCUAAAGACAAGAGAUUCUCUCUGACUGACGACACGACGACCAGAGUUUUCACCGUCAGCAUCACUGACCUGAGAUCAACUGAUCAAGGACAAUACUGGUGUGCUGUGGAGAGGACUGUAUAUUUUAACGAUGUCUAUUCAGAGAUUGUGUUGCUUGUUAAACAGAUGUCAUAUUUCAACACAACAGAACCGAAUCCACGAUCCACCAGCAUCACAAUCACAGAAAGAAAAGAAACAAUCACAGAUCAGCACGAAUCAGCAGAUCUGUCUUCUGUCGCUGGCGGUCUGGGUUCGGUUCUGCUGGUUCUGGUUCUGUGUUCUGGAACGUUCCUCGUCCUGAAAAAGAGGAAAAGGAAAUCUGGGACAGCUUUAUUUCAGCAAAAUGUGCAGCAUAAUACGGAGAGUGUCCACAUGUAUGAGAUCACAAACAGUGACCCUGGACCAUCUGAUAUCAUCACUCCAACAUCCUCGUCCAAUCAGACGCCUGCAUCACACCUCAACACCCGCCCACAAGACUCUACUGUUUAUGCCACAGUAACCAAUCAGCAGCCUGAUUCAAACCCCAGUCACACCCACUCCACCAAUCAGGUGACAGAUACAGACUGUGAUUAUUAUGUUAAUAUGAAGCCGCCUGAACCAACAACAGACAGCAGAACAGAACUGAUCUACUCAACAGUGACACAUCCACAAAACAUCAAGACAAACGACGGACCGAUAUAUUCAGUGAUCAAACAUAAAUAAAAAAGACUGUCAAAACUUCAACACACAUUUGCACUGAUGUUACAAGUGAAAAAAAAGGAAUACAAUUGGUACAAUCUACAUAUUUUUAAUGGAUAUUUUUCUUUUUUAUGAGUUUUUAUGAGUAUUGUGUACAUAAUGUUACUAAUAAGGAAAAUUACUUAGAACUUAGAAAGUUACUUAUUACAUUAUAUUUAGUACACCUCAUCUACAGUUCAAUAAAUCUAAUAAAAAGUAACUAGUGCAGUUCAGAGAGCUGUGCCAUAUCGCGUCCUCUAUAGUUGAUAUAUAAUAAUACACAAAUUUUCUACACAUCUGUGACUCUUAUUAUGUAGCAAAUUAUCAACUAGAAUGACUAGGUGAGUUUCAGUCUAUGGUUUCAUUUGACUGACGUCAGCUGCAAACGUACAGUAAAGGCAUGGAAAUUGAACCAGAAUUAUUGAAGGUUAACUUAAAGAAACUGACAGAGGUGGAAAGAGUACGAAAAUGUUUUACUCAAGUAAAAGUACCAUUACAUUAAUUAACUUUCCCACUGGGCAAAGUUACGUCCAGUGGACGUCUUUUUAUGUCUUUGCAGACGUUGAAAAGACGUCCACUGAGGAGCCAGAAUGAAAGUUUUUAUGACGUCUUUUUUUGACGUGUUCUGAGCGUCCGAUAUAGACGUUCAGUGAACCUCCAUACAAGGUUAAAAACUAGUUCAAAU